AUGCCACCUAAAGCUGAUGCCAAAGCGUCUGAGCCGAAAGGCGCCGCCCGUUUCGGACGGGUCCGAAACUCCUUGAAAAUGGGUAUCGUUGGCCUACCCAACGUGGGAAAGAGCUCGUUGUUCAACUUGCUAACAGAGCAGAACAUUGCCGCGGAGAACUAUCCUUUCUGCACCAUCGACCCCAACGAGAGCCGAUGUGCCGUACCGGACGAGCGGUACGACUGGCUAUGCAACUUGUGGAAGCCCCCCAGCAUGUACCCGGCUUACCUGCAAAUAACUGACAUUGCUGGGCUGGUGCGCGGCGCUGCAGAGGGUGCGGGUCUGGGCAAUGCCUUCCUAUCGCACAUUUCAGCUGUGGACGGGAUCUUCCACGUGGUUCGCGCCUUCGACAACGACGAGGUCGUACAUGUGGACGACAGCGUGGAUCCGAUUCGGGAUCUGGAGACGAUCCAGAUGGAGCUCUGUAAAAAAGAUCUGGAGUUUGUCACCAAGGCAGAGGAGAAGGAGCUCCGCGACGUGAAGAAGAGCCAGGGCAUGAAGAUCAGCCUGGCCUUCACCACCACCUUCGACAAGGUCAAGGCCAUGCUGCAGGAGAACAAGCCGGUCCGUUGUGGCGACUUCAACAGCAAAGAGGUGGAGCUGAUACGGGAGAAGUUGGAUAACCUCAUCACCACAAAGCCCGUCGUGUACCUUGUGAACCUUUCGGCAUCUGACUUCGUGCGCAAGAAGAACAAGUGGUUGGCCAAGAUCCACGCCUGGAUUCAGGAACACGGUGGCGGUGUGCUGAUACCCUUCAGUGUGGAGUGGGAGUCCAAGCUGUGGGCCACCAGGGACGACCCGGAUGGACGCAAGGCCUUUCUGGACGCUAGCGGGGGAGCUGUGUCGGCGCUGCCAAAGAUGGUCGUGCAGGGUUUCAAGGAGCUCAACCUGAUUUACUUCUUCACGGCGGGUGAGACGGAGGUUCGCUGCUGGACCAUCCAGCGCGGCACCAUGGCGCCCCAAGCUGCGGGAGUAAUCCAUUCGGACAUGGAGCGGGGCUUCAUCAAGGCCGAGGUAGUGUCGUACAACGACUUCCGUUCUCUGGCCACCAGCAAGAGCAUGAUGGAGGUGAAGGCGGCUGGCAAGUACCGUCAAGAGGGCAAGUCGUACGUGGUGGAGGACGGGGAUAUCAUCUAUAUCCAGUUCAACGUCACCUCCUCGGGUAAGAAAUAGUUAGGAGGAGGCGCAGGAGGAGGAAGGGCCCACAAAGACUGUCCAGUCAAAGCGCGGUCAGCGGCUCUAGCAGCGCCGUUCUUUGAGGGCUGACUGAUUUGCAUGUCUGCUUUACGUGAAACCCGGAGGGCGGUGAGCUGCCCCCCCCCCUGGGUAACGGCGAGGGAGCGUCUCGAGGGUGUGGCACGCUAGGCAUGUUGAAGUGUCUGCAUCCGGUACCACCCAAACUUCUGCAGUCAAUAUAAGUGCGUGUGGGGGAUGGUAAUGACGAGGGCCAUGAUGGUGAUGCAGCAGGAUGAAUGGUGUGUCCCGAGAGCAGGGUCGUCGGCAUCGGCAGUGGCUGUAAUGGCUGUAGUGGGAAGGCAUCCGCACGGGGUGUGGGAGGGAGGAGGGGAUCAAGGGAGGGCUGUUAGAUGGAAGAGGGUCGAUUGUGUUUAGGAGUGUAUUUGGGCAAUGGGGACUGCUAAUGUCAGCUGCCUGGGUAAUGACAUUUCCGGUAGAUGGGAAAGAUGGCCGGUAAGAGAUGUUCAAAUCGUGCUGCGAGACGACUUAUGUAAGUUAUGCUCCUUGUGUGAGCACUACAGAGGCUUAAAUACAGAUCCAGAUGGCGGCGUGGCGACCAUGGGACAAAUGCAUGUUUCACGCAUGUUUCUUGAUUACUCGCACGUAUCCAUUUUGCAAUUAAACUGCGUUGUGAACUGUUUGUGUAUGGUAGGUCCGGCGCUUUUGUGGGGCGUUUUGCGUGAAGCCAACUUUAAAAAUACGUCACCAG